AUGGUUUUCCUCAACUUGCUGACUUUUGGUCUCUGGGGGAAGCUCGGUCGUAUAGUCCACUAUGGCGUCGACGCCAUCCUCAUUUCCACCGUCUUGGCUGGCAUGAGACGAUCGACCGGCUUGACCUUUCAAUCCAAGCAGAUCACCGGUGAAAGCCCCGAUGCCAACAAGUGGAUAGAGAAGUACCUGGGAGUCGGCGAGUGGGUGAUGGACCAGUCCGUCGCCAUUGCCGGCUCCAGUCCCUGGUUCAAGCGCACCCGGUAA